UUGGUGCGUUUACGGCCCAUUGGACCCAAGCCGGGAUUCGAAAGCAAGCAAAACAUCAUGGGUCAAGAGGCCCGCCGUUGCAUGGUACAUACCAUGAGGACAUUCCUAGUGGCUUACAACGUGGUGUUUUUGCAUUACAAAACUGAAUACGAAAUUCAGCUAACUGGAAUCGGUCUUGCCACUGUUGGUUUCCUGAUGUGCACUCAAUACAGGGGCUACACAAAAUCGCUUGGUCCGGAUUUGUCUAUCAUUCCUAUGCUGUUGGCCGUUUUGGGAAUAAUGAUUAUUUUUGCCAGUAGCCUUGGAAUUCUUGGCGCAUUGCUGUCUCACAGCUGUCUUUUGGUUUGCUAUUCGGGCAUCUUGCUGCUUCUCUUGCUUGGUGAAAUCGCUCUUGGUUGUGCAGCCUUCACGGAGCAGGAUGAAGUGGAACACAAAGCAGAAGUUGGAAUAGUUCAAAUCAUGGCACAAUAUAUGAGAACGAACGAGACCCGAUUUGGAGUGGAUUAUGUGCAAAGAAAGUUCAACUGUUGCGGAGUUACCGGCUAUCGGGACUGGCAGCACGUACUUGGAAGCACAGUGGUACCUGAAAGCUGUUGUUCAGACCCGGAACAUUGUGUCCGCCAGUACGAAGACCUACCGAACGGGUCAGUUCCUCCGGGAGUUCAAACAAGACCAUCACGUCGUGGAUUCGAGGAAACAGCAGUAUCGUCAUUAUCACUGUCCUCAGCUGCGGUACGUUGCAACUUCUGGGAAUCGUCUUCGGCUUUCUGCUGGCCCACCGACUCAGAAGCUCCGCCUGCUGAAAAUUUUUCGACAGCCCACAACCGGUUUCGCCCUUCCGCUUCGGGCUCAUCAGGUAGGCGCAGUCCCUGA